AUGACUGGCAGUAAAUCCCCUCUUUGCGAUUCAUCCAAGAGUGUCUGGCAGCACCGCAAGCCCUCUGGUGAGCAGGUGUGGACGUAUGCCCACAACCCGUACAGCAACAGCGCCCAGAACAUCAGCAGCGCCAGCAGCGAUAGCAGCAACAAGAGUAAUAACGGCAACAACAGUCGCCCAGCGCAGAAGCCAAAUGUCUGCCGGCACUACGCCGAGGGCCGCUGCAAUCGCGGGAGCACCUGCCGCUUCUACCACGACGUGCGGCACACUGUCAUUAUCGCCACGCCGCACUCCACCCCGCGGCCGCAGCCCCUCUCGCCCCUCACCGGCCUCCCCGCCACGCCCCUGCGGAAGUCCCUCAACAGCACUCUGAGCAGCAGUGUGAAUGGCAGCAGUGUGAACAGUGCUGGCGGCAGUGACUGUGGGUUCAGCAGCCGCGCCAAUGACUACACCUCGCCGUAUUUGUCGUGGCAGCGGGUCGUCGCCGCUCCGCUCGCGUGA